AUCUCAGAGCAGCCAGGACUGGCCCUGCUGUCCAGGGCAGGGUGACCCCAUCCGGAACCUACAUCCUUCUAUGACUCCUCAGCUCCGCUCACCGUGCAGUUGGCAUUUGAUGCAGAGAAGCAUGGGUCAACGGAUCCCUCUCUCUGGCCCUGAGCCGUGAUCCCAUGGCCAUACAACUCUGUGGCUCCAUGUCCCCCCCAUUCCAGGAUCCUCCCUGGCCCCAUAACUGCUUGACCCCCACAGCCUCAUGACCCCUGACCUUCCAUGUGACCUUCCUGGACUCUGACCCCUGUGACUGUUUUUCUCAUCCCCUCCUGUGCCUCUGGUUCUGGCUCCCAUUGGGGGGUCUUGCUGGUCUGGACCUCCCCAGGAAGAUGUUGGGGAGGCUCUGGCCCCUCCUCCUAGGCACCCUUGCAGCCGCGGCAGUCCCUGGGCCCUCCCUGCGGAGACCGUCCCAAGAGCUGGAUGCCACCCCCCGGAUGACCAUUCCCUAUGAAGAGCUCUCUGGGACCCGGUAUUUUCAGGCCCAAGCCCAGAACUACUCCACACUACUCCUGGAGGAGGCCUCAGCAAGACUGCUGGUGGGAGCUCGAGGUGCCCUGUUCUCGCUCAGCGCCCACGACAUAGGAGACGGGGCGCACAAAGAGAUCCACUGGGAGGCCUCCCCAGAGAUGCAAAGCAAAUGUCAUCAAAAAGGGAAGAACAACCUGACAGAGUGCUUCAACCACGUGCGCUUCCUGCAGCGGCUCAACGCCACCCACCUCUACGCAUGUGGGACUCAUGCCUUCCAGCCCCUGUGUGCCGCCAUUGAUGCCGAGGCCUUCGCCUUGCCGAGCAGCUUCGAGGAGGGGAAGGAGAAGUGCCCUUAUGACCCAGCCCGUGGCUUCACUGGCCUCAUCAUUGAUGGAGGCCUCUACACGGCCACACGGUAUGAAUUUCGGAGCAUUCCUGACAUCCGCCGGAGCCGCCACCCACACUCUCUGAGAACUGAGGAGGCCCCCAUGCACUGGCUCAAUGACGCUGAGUUUGUGUUCUCUGUGCUGGUGCGGGAGAGUGAGGCCAGUGCGGUGGGCGACGACGACAAGGUUUAUUACUUCUUCACGGAGCGCGCCGCUGCCGAGGAAGGCUCCAGCAGCUUCAGCCCGAGCCGCAGCAGUCACCGAGUGGCCCGUGUGGCCCGCGUGUGCAAGGGAGAUCUGGGAGGGAAGAAGAUCCUGCAGAAGAAGUGGACAUCCUUCCUGAAGGCCCGCCUCAUCUGCCACAUCCCCCAGUACGAGAAGCUGCGUGGGGUCUGCAGUCUGGACGCUGAGCACUCAGCCCGCACCCACUUCUACGCAGCCUUCACGCUGACCACACAGUGGAAGACCCUGGAGGCAUCGGCCAUCUGCCGCUAUGACCUGGCUGAGGUGCAGGCUGUCUUCUCGGGACCCUACAUGGAGUACCAGGAUGGCACCCGGCGGUGGGGCCGCUAUGAGGGCGGGGUCCCUGAGCCUCGUCCUGGCUCGUGCAUCACAGAUUCGCUGCGCAGUCGGGGCUACAACUCAUCCCAAGACUUGCCGUCCCUGGUGCUGGACUUCGUGAAGUUGCACCCGCUGAUGGCCCGGCCCGUGGUGCCCACACGUGGACGGCCCCUGCUGCUCAAGCGCAGCGUGCGCUACACACACCUCACAGGGACACCAGUUCCCACCCCUGCCGGGCCCACCUAUGACCUGCUCUUCCUGGGCACAGCUGAUGGCUGGAUCCACAAGGCCGUAGUCCUGGGCUCGGGGAUGCACAUUAUUGAAGAGACACAAGUAUUCAGGGAGCCCCAGUCAGUGGAGAAUCUAGUCAUCUCCCUGAGGCAGCACAGCCUGUAUGUGGGCGCCCCAAGUGGCGUCAUUCAGCUGCCACUGUCCACCUGCUUCCGCUACCGGUCCUGCUAUGACUGCAUCCUGGCCCGAGACCCCUACUGUGGCUGGGACCCCAGCAACCAUUCCUGUGUGGCAGCCACCACCGCAGCAAACAGAACAUCGCUGAUACAGGACAUAGAGAGAGGCAACCGAGGUUGCGAAGGCAGCCGCGAUCCAGGGCCACCACCUCCACCGAAGACCCGCUCUGUGCUCCGGGGUGACGAUGUCCUCCUGCCCUGUGACCAGCCGUCCAAUCUGGCCCGCGCUUUGUGGCUGCUCAAUGGGAGCAGGAGCCUGAGCGACGGGCAGGAUGGCUACCGUGUGGGUGUCGAUGGGCUGCUGGUGACAGACACGCAGCCCGAGCACAGUGGCAGCUAUGGCUGCUUUGCGGAGGAGAACGGCCUACGAUCCCUGCUGGCCUCCUACAGUCUCAUCGUCCGGCCAGCCACUCCUGCCCCAGCUCCGCAAGCCCCUGCCACAAAAGAGGCCCGCCUGGCCCCAGACGUGAGGCUGCUGUAUGUGCUUGCCAUCGCGGCCCUCGGUGGCCUCUGCCUCAUCUUGGCCUUCUCCCUCCUCUAUGUGGCUUGUCUGCGUGGAGGUGGACGAGGCCGCCGCCGGAAAUACUCGCUGGGCCGCGCUGGCCGGGCGGGGGGCUCUGCCGUGCAGCUGCAGACAGUCUCAGGCCAGUGUCCUGGAGAGGAAGACGAAGGUGACGAUGGGGAGGGGGCUGGAGGCCUGGAGGGGAGCUGCCUCCAGAUCAUUCCUGGGGAAGGCGCCCCGGCCCCGCCGCCCCCGCCGCCCCCACCCCCACCUGCUGAGCUGACCAAUGGGCUGGUGGCACUGCCCAGCCGGCUUAGAAGGAUGAAUGGCAACAGCUAUGUGCUCCUGAGGCAGAGCAACAAUGGAGUGCCAGCAGGGCCCUGCUCCUUUGCUGAGGAGCUCAGCCGCAUCCUGGAGAAGAGGAAGCACACGCAGCUCGUAGAGCAGCUAGAUGAGAGCUCUGUCUGAGCCUGGCCUCCCCAGCAAAUGCUCUUCCUGCCUGCCCCGGGCUGGGCCGCUGCCUCCCCACACAGCCACCCCUCCACACCCGCACUCCACGCCACCUCCCAACUGUGCCGUCUCAGUAGGGCUACCAGUUAGGCCCAGCCAAAGCCCCCUCCUGUCUCCAAGACCCACACGGGAGCAGCCCAGGCCCACCGGUGCUCCUCAAAGGUAGGUGCUCCUUUGGGACCAGGUACUCUGCAGACCCAGACCCGUUUCCUGCGCCCUUAACCUAAUGCUUUGGAGGCCUCCAUUCUCCUGUCCUAUUGUCUGCCCAACCUUUCCUCUUCCUCCCAGGUAGGGCUCUGCAGGUCGAGAUGGCCUCAGUGUCACCACCCUCUGCAUGUCCCUGUGUGCUGGAUGCUCCUGAAGCCACACAAAAGCUCUGCCAACCACUUGAGCCUUGCCUACAUUCACAUGUACACAUGGCAGAACGCAUCAGUGGGCUGUAGGCCCCCCCGUGUUCUCCCUAGGCACUCUUGCAUUUCAUCCUGGAUUUGGGGUGCCCUCCUGAUUGUCACAUCCCUGCUAGCACUUCCCUGACCCAGUCCUAUGUGGUGACCCCACUGGCAAGAGCUUGAGAACAGCCAGCUGGGAGGUAAGGUAGAGUCAUGCCCUCCUCUUCCUUCUUGUGCAGCCUUUGCGAGUCGGCCUACCCAUUCCCCUCGGUCACACAGAAGAGUGACAGACCGACCUCCGGGCAUGUCCCUUCCCAUGCAUCUGUGGUUCAUGUGCUAACAUUUCCACCCUUGUGCACCUUCUGAGCCUCCCCUUGCUGCCAGACUUGUGUCUGUUGGGUUAGGUCCAUGGACAUUUCAAAGGGAGACUCCCCCUCCCGUUUUGCUGUCCUUGGAGACCCUUCCCUGGAUGGGUGACCAACACUGCACUCAAUGAGCCAGCCUUUCUGGGGACCAAGCAUUUGCUUCCCCUAGACCAGAGCAGGGGAAAGAACCGUCUCACCUGGCACACAAAGCCCGUUCUUGGAACUAUGCAAAGGGCAGAGGCUGGGAGUUUGGAUGCUUGGCUCCCAUUUCUGUCCUACCUCACCGGGGCACUUUCAAAGUCCACGGGCCUCUGAAAUCUCCAGGCCCAUAUGGGACAAUCAGUCCAGACUGAGCUCCCCCGUUGCCUUUGGGUGAGGAUGACUGUUAUUUUUGUAGCUGAGAACGUGGAAUCCCACGAGUUUUUACUGCCCUUCACCCAACCUCUCCCACCUCCACCCCACAAUGAAUGUAUUUAUUGUGAGAACGGCUGCUCUUCUUUGGAAUGCCCUCACUCAGCCCCCGGUGGGUGGGACAGGCAUGUGACAGCGUGGAGCCUGGGCUCAGCUCCUCCCCUGACUGAUGUUGGUUAAUAAACACCCUCUUUCCCCAGA